CGCUCUCGUUUCACAGUCCCAUCCCCAGGGGAAUGGGCUGGCUGCUCAGAGUGGUUGCAGCAGCCCCACGGGGCAGAGGGUGGACAGGGGUGCUCUGCCCCCCCCCCCCGUGACCAGCUCCUCUCCCCAUUCCCCGAGGUGCCUGUGUCAUUGGGGCUUCCGACUUGGAAAGAGAAGACUGGAGUCUGAAAUUCCUGUGUGAAAACCCUGCCUUUUUAACUGAGAACUUUAAACUAGCUAAAACUAAUUAAAUGGAUUAAAUCUAUACUAAUGAAAACUAAUUGAAUUCUUUUCAAAAUGCCACAGGGACUAAACCAUCUGACGCUGUAGCUGGCAGAGGUGGUGCCCGGGAUUUGCUGGGAGAGCCAGGGAACGCAGUCCAGGGGCGCCCUCGGCCCCUGCGAAGGAUCGGAAGGAACGCGGUGAAGGGCAGGAAUGCCGCUGGACUGGCUCUGGGUUCCACCAGGGGCUCACAGCCACCCCCCGACAUCCGGGGGGCCCUAGUGGGAAGCAGGUGAGGGAAAACAAAGCUGGAGGUUUGCAGCUGCCUUCCUCAUGCUCCUUCCGCACCAGGACCGCUGCCCCCGUCAUCUUUUGUCCUCAGUGCCCUCCAACCCAGGCAGUACCAGGAAGCUCUGGGCUCUGCCACUGCCUGGUGCCCACGGGGUUGCCCUCGUCUUUGAGGCUGAGGACUGGCCCCUGCCCACCCGAGAACCAGCUCCUUGUGCAAUGGUUUCUGCCUGGAGAGGCUCAACUGCUCCUCCUGUCAGCAGCAAGGUGAACAUCACAGGAAGUAACCAUGCAGCACAGAGAAGUCCUCCCCCUCGUCCAGGUGGGUGUCCUCCCUCCUCAUCCAGGGCAGUGGGGAGCAAGCUGCCUGAAUAUUCAUGGCGUUGCCAGCACACCAGGAUAUUUAUAAGCAGAGCAGUCAGAGGCAGCAGCACACCAGCACAGAGCACUUUCAGAGCGCAGGUCCUGGCUUCUGAUGCGGCGUCUCAAAGGCAGGAGCCAGGGCUCCUGGAGCUGCGGCUGGUCAGAGGAGGGGUCAGGUGGCACACAGGCGAGCCUGGAUCUUGGGGUGGUGCCGGGCAGAACAGCAUUCUUAACCAAACAACAGACGAGGCCAGUGGACGGCCUGGGAGGUCACACAGCCCGCCAACAGACGUCCCUGCCAGUGGUCAACACUGAGACUGUGAGCAGCGAAAACAAGAAAACGCUGCUGGAUUACAACCCACGUAGAAAUGGCACCCCAAGUCCAUGCCAGUGCAGCAGUGAGCCAGACACAAAUGAACAAGCGGAGAAAACACAGAUCUGUGCGUGCAGAAUCCUUCCUUCCAGAGAGCACACUCAGAACAGAGGAGGUCAUCGCUGUGUGACGGGAGCCACGGGAGGCAGCCCUCCCCCUCCCAGUGCACGGUCCAGGGCCACACCACAGUGCUCAGCCGGGCCGACCGGGUGCUUCCUUCACAUGAAGUGAAAAGAAGACUCAGCUCCGUGGUCUUCCUUCCAAACACCAUAAACACAGCACAAGAACACAUCACACUCCAGCAGCUCCCCCUGAAGGGGCAUUCCACGAAAUACCCAGCCAGUCCUCCUCAAAACUGUCAAGGCCAUCAAAAACAAGACAAGUGGGAAACGCUGUCACCGCCAAGAAGAGCUUGUGUCAAUUACUUUAACAUGGUCUCCUGGGGGAGAUUAUGGAAUAGAAAAGGACGGCAGGAGCAAACAGGAUACCUAAAGCCCAGACUUCUGUUAACCCUGUCUCAAUACGAGCCAUGAGCCAGGACAAAGGCAUCUUACUAAAGUGAGAUGUUGGAUGUGCGUUUCCAAGGAUCCUUUGUACUAACUUUAUAGUCCUUUACAGAAUCUGGAGCUGUCUUUUAAU